AUGUCAUCUAAAAACAUGGCUGGCCAACACAUCCUUCCUCAAGCUUUGUAUCAGAGCAAUAUGCUGAAAGCCAUGAAGAUUAGGGAGAGGACACCUGAAGAUCUGGUCAAACCCCCCAGUGGAAUAAUUCACCACUUCAGGACUAUGCACAGAUACACCAUAGAAAUGUUCAGAAUGUGCCAGUUUUGUCCUCAGUUUCGGGAAACACUUCAGAAGGCCCUGACUGACCAGGCAACCCAGACUUCGCUGGAGCGCCAGAGGAAGCUCAACUGGUGCAUGGAAGUUCGGAGACUUGUCCCUUUGAAGACUAAUGGUGAUGGAAAUUGCCUCAUGCACGCUGCAUCGCAGUACAUGUGGGGUAUUGAAGAUAUUGACCUCGUCUUAAGAAAAACAUUGUUUAGUGCACUCAGGGAGAUUGACUCACGGAACUUCAAGCUCCGCUGGCAGCGGGAGGCUAUUAAAUCCCAGGAGUUUGUAGAAACGGGACUCCACUAUGACACCCGGAACUGGGAGGAAGAGUGGGAAUACCUCAUUGAAAUGACCUCCCCAGAAACAUCUGGGGCUCGAAACAGGCUUCCAUAUAAUGCACUGGAAGAAAUCCACAUCUUUGUCCUUGCUAACAUCCUCAGAAGGCCAGUCAUUGUCCUUGCAGAUAAAGUGGUGAGAAGUUUAGAGUCAGGCUCCAGUUUUGCUCCUCUGAAUGUCGGUGGUAUUUACUUGCCUCUCCUUUGGCCAGCUGAAGAAUGCUACAGAUACCCGAUUGUGCUUGGCUACGACAAUAUGCAUUUUACACCACUAGUGACUCUGAAGGACAGCGGGCCAGAAAUCCGGGCUGUCCCUCUGGUCACCAGUGAACGAGGCAGAUUUGAGGAUUUGAGUGUGCACUUCCUGACAGAUGCAGAAGAGAGGGAGAAAGAGCAGCUGCUGAAAGACUACUUGGUAGUGAUAGAAAUUCCAGUGCAAGGCUGGGAUCAUGGUACAACUCAUCUAAUUAAUGCUGCAAAGUUAGAUGAAGGCAACCUACCCAAAGAAAUAAACCUUGUGGAAGAUUACUUUCAACUGGUACAGCAUGAGUACAAGAAGUGGCAGGAGAACACUGAAUCUGCUAGGAGAGAGACCUGCUCCAGGAACAGACAAGAACUGUCUUUUUCCCAGCUCUCCCUCUUACAGGUGAAAUGUGAAACGCCAAAUUGCCCUUUCUACAUGUCUGUGAACACCCAGCCCUACUGCCACGAGUGCUUUGAGCGGAGGUCCCAGGGAAGCAAAGGAAGAAAGCAGGCCUCCAAAGCAGCAGCUGAGAAACUGAAGGCAGCUGGGUUGGGCUCCUCCCAUGGGGACGUUUGUGAGCCCGGGGGAUGGACAUCUGAAGGGCCUGUAACAGGGCCUCGCUCCGCACCUCCAACUGCUCCGAGCCUUUUCCUAUACAGUGAGACCACGGCCAUGAAAUGCAGGACACCGGACUGCCCCUUUACUUUGAACGUGCAACACAAUGGUCUUUGCGAACGCUGUUACACCUCCAGACAGCUUGGUCCUUGCAACAACUUGGAUGACCAGAGACAUGUAGACUAUGCUGUGUGCAAGGUGUGCCAUCAGAAGGCCAACAGGACCUUCAAUGGCAUAUGCAGCACUUGCUUCAAAAGGUCUACAGAGCGCUCCUCAAAUGGCAGCCCUGCUUUCCUGCCCACGUGCCACCAGAGAUCAACAUCUGACCCAUCCCAGAUCUCCCAGAGCCUCCUCCAGCACUCCUGCCGCCCCGCUCCCAGCAGCCACGGCGAGGAGCCCCCACCACCAGCACUGCCUCCCAAGGAGAAGAGGGGAGGGAACCUCUGCAGGAAACCUGGCUGCAAGUUUUUUGGGACGUCGCAGAAUGAGGGCUUUUGCACACUGUGUUUCUUUGAGUACAGGGAAAACCACG